GCACGUGUGACGUCAUCUAUGCGACGAUUUUAAAGCACAUCGCGAUUUCCAGCAGAUUCUUCUAAGUUAUUCUGAAAGCUAAACUCCAUUACAAGCUAUAAUAGCAUCAAAACAAAGGCACUUUUAAGAGCCACGUCCCCAUCGUUUCCCUGUCCUUGCUGUUGUGAAAUUGUCCUAUCUCUGUUGCUGUCUGUGUAUCUCUGUCUGUGUAGCUGUGUAUCUUAUCUGUCCAUCUUUCUGUUGUUAGUCCCUUUCUGUGUUUUUGUCACCAUGAGUGAUUCAGAGCACCAAGAUCCAUUUAAGAGCCUUGAUGAUUUUCUUGAUAAUGAAGAACUCAAAAAUGAGAUGGAAAGUCUUGAUGACUUGAUUGGUGAGCUUCAGGAUGAGGAAGUAGCAGCACCAGUCCAGACACCUGAACCAACCAUAAGGUGGACAAAGAGAGACAUCGAUGGAAACAUAAUAUAUUCGAGGCCAAGAACAAGCAGUAACCAGUCAAAUGAGGCUGGUCCUUGUCGGAGAAUUGAUCCUCCCUUGGAUGCGCCUGACACUAGCCAUGAGUUGGCCUUUGCUCCAGACUGUUGAGUGUUUUCUACGAGAUCUCCAGCACUCAUUGAGCGAUACCUCAGAGGAUGUCCAGGAAGCAUCAGCCCGAACUGCUCCUCUCAUGGCUUCCUUGGAUUGGGCAACUAGAAAAAGUCUCUUUUCAGAAAGGUGGAAGACAGAGAGGCCACGUCUGGUGAACAACACAGUGGAACAAGAAAAUGUGGCAAACCACAUCUGCCAACAGUGUGGGAGCAACCCAGCUGCUGUUUGUUGCAGUGACUGUCGACCAAGCCCCUUGUUCUGCGCUGAAUGUGAUUUUAUAAGAAACACUGAGAUCAAUCUGCGACUGUCACACCGUUGUGUUCGACUUGUGCCUGUGGAAAUGCCUGCAGAAAUCUGUAGUUGUUCGCCAGUUUCAUUGAGGGUCAACCCAGGAAAGGCUGUUGCUGUGGUGACAGUUAAUGGAAGACAUGAUCUUAGCAUGCCUGAGUUAAGUUGUGACACAUGUCAUGUCACUUGGGCUGCUGGAGUGGACAAUCUCAUCCGGAGUGGAUACUGGCCUGCUACACUGCAAUUUGCCACAAUUUAUGACACGGAUAUCUUUCAUUCAUUUGAAGAAAUGAAGAUGGCAGUGCCAGGACUGUCCUGCCAAGCAUUUUUAAGAAUGCUUGAUCAGAGAACUUUGCGCUUUGGCCGUGCUGGAAAGAUCUCAGCAAACAGCUUUCAUAAAAGUUUUUUUGAGUGGGAAGCUGUGCGGUUUGAGGUGGACAACAUCGUUAAGGAGGAGCGCUUCAUCUGUCCUGCCUGCAGCCCGGAUAUGCUUGCAGUUUCAGUGGAUGGAAACCGCAAGCAUUACCGGUACAAGAAUUCAGCUAGCAACAUCAACAAAAACCACUACUGAUGAUGCUGAUGCCUUGGCCAGCAGAAUUGAGGUCCUGGUUGUAAGUAUAAAGAGACGCUCUCAUCGACUUUAUAAAGAUACAGACGGCAACAAAGCUCGUGCCAGGAUCCGGUGCAAGAUCAGGAAGGAGAAGGAGAUCCUAACCUCGGUUGUAGAGAGUUACAACAGAAUGGCUCCAAGUACAGAAACUCUUUGCUUGGAGAACAUUUUGUCGGAGGAGGAGAAUGCUUGGCCAUGGCAGCUACCACACAGUGGUAUGUACACAAGUCUGUAUAAGUUUGACAUAUUUUUUACAUAAUUCUCUCUUCCAUGAAUGCAAUCCAGACUCUGUCGAUCUAACGACCAAGAGAAGGGCAUUUGACAUUGUCAAUGCAAUAAGGAGGCUUCAAGAGGAGAAGAAGAUUGUUCUCAUUGAGAUGGACCACCAUUGGAGAGCUCUUCAAACCCGUGGUGAUGGCCUGAAAGAGCUGUCCUGCCUGCUUUCCAGUGAGACAAUGCAAAAUUUGGGUCCUAAGUGAAGAGGGGUUGAGAGGUCUGCAGAGUACCAUCCUCAGAAAGCGGCAGAACAUCACAGAGAGGAAGUUGCAACCUUCAAGUUUUGUCUGGAGCAGAAAAUGUGAAUUUCUUGCACAGGGCUUCAGCUGAUGACUAUGACAGUGACUCUGAUUCUGACAUGGAUUAGAAAACUGACCCCUUCAACUGGACGAUUAUGAAUAUGCUCCUUCAACCCUUCCGGCCCUCCCUGUGUAACCACCCCUUCCUGCACUCAGGAUCUAAACAGCCAAGUUACUGCUAUGGAACCAAACAGCUUUCUGAGAUCAACUAUUUUCCAGGAUCCAAAAUGGGCCUCCAACCAACCGUAACCAUCAUAAUCAGUCAUCAAAAGGCUCAGAAGAACUCUCCUGACACAUCUUCAAACAUUGUGAAUAGCCUCUUAAAACCAAAAUACCACUUAAUUUGAUUAUAGAUUACAUUUUUAAGGUUAAAUGCACAUGUUUGUUUUUUUAAAUACACAAAUCAUAAUGCCUGUCAAUAUAAAUCCUGCAUACUGUAUAUAAUGUAUAUAGAAAUGUAUUGUAUUCAUACUGUACAUAAUAAUGUACUCCAUGUAUAUCCAUUCAAUCUGUAAAUCCUUGUUACAAGUUGUAAUGUUAAGAACUAAUGUAAACACUCAAAAUUGUAUUGUAACUAGGGCUGUCAGUCGAUUAAAAUAUGUAAUCGCGA